AUGGCUCCGACGAGGACCCGAAAGACCGCUUCCCGGGUGAAGAAGGAAGAGGCGCCCCUCAAGGACACCGUUCCCAAGAAAGCCAAAAAGAGACGACCUCUUUCCACCAACACUGUCACCAUCCGCGGCCUUCCAAACAAGGCACCUGCGAUGUACCCCGCUUACGACGAGAUCGCUGGCGCUAUCUGUCUCGAUGACCAUUCCUCCACUCCACCCCAGCGAAAGUGCUCCCGCAAGCCCCAGGACCACGCUCCAAGACCGAGGAAUCAAUUUAUGAUCUAUAAAUCGGCUAUAUACAUGAAGUAUACCGCAUCGGUAGCCGCGGCGACGAUGUGCACCUGGGUGGGGCAGCAGUAUCGCGCCCUGACGCCGGAGGAGAAGGCUCACUGGGAACUGCUCGCGAAGGAGGAGAAGCGCAGGCAUGCUCUCAAAUACCCGGAUUACAAGUUCAAGCCGAAGAAGAGGGAGGCAAAAGAGAAGUAUUAUGCUGUAGUGUCUGGCGUUAAGAAAGAGGUUUCUGACGCAGAUGAUGACUCUUCCCAAAACACUCCCCUUCCGACGACUCCAUCCGAUCAUCCCUCUUCUUCGGCCCCUCCCUGCACAUCCUCCGCACUCGACUCGUCUGCCUACGCUCAGCCCAUCGGAAUUCCAUCCGUGAACUUCACCACCAACCCCUCCGCCUAUCUCUAUGCUUCACAGUUGUCGACGUCGGCGAUCGUCCCUAUCAAUGUCCCCCAAGUGCGGCACCCCCAAUCUUACUCUCCGUUCCACAACCGCUCCCUCAACCAGCCGUUCAUGCCCAUGGGCUCAGCUGGUGCGGGCACGUCCUUCUCCGGCGGAUACUCGACGACUUGGAUGCCUUCCUUCACCAGGAUCGCUCGCACGCGCUUCGAGGAUAAGGUCAUCGACCCUCGGCUCCUCGCCGAUACCACAGGCCAAAACCCCGCCUCUAGCUCGUCCUCGUCCACGGCCGGACCAUCUAGCGUUGGAGGUCUCAGGACUCAGGUCAGUCCUGAAGAUGCCAAGCUGGGCUACGUCCACCCCGAUGGCGACAUGGUCGAACUCACGUCGAGCGCGAUGGCCGUAGACCACAUGGCGGCAUACGAUCACUUCGAGUUUCGCAUCAAGCGCGUUUUGGCCCUCGGUUCCAGUGCCCCAGCACCGACACCGCCCUCCUUCGACUUUGCGCCCUCGACGUCCUCUUUCGUGCCGGGGCCUUCUUCGUCUUUCGCGCUAGGGCCUUCAUCCCCCUUGGCGGCGGGGCCCUCGACCACGAGCACCUCUUUUGUUCCCUUUGAUCCCAGCUUAUACCAGCCGCAGUCUCUGAUGAUGCCAGGGCCGUGGAACCAGUGGCAGGGCGAGGGGCUCGAUGGAUUCAAUUUCGCUGCCAGCAUACCCUUCGGGGCGGAUGGCGGUCCUCAGGGACCCCUUAUGGGCUUGAACCUGAACUCGUGGACCUGAGUCAGGCGUUCAGAGUUCCUUUUCUUGGUUUGUGUUGUUUUCCUGCUCCCUUUCUUGGAUCGUUCUCGGACUUAGACGUGUAAGUAAUGCUGUACGUUAUUGGUUUGUCGUUGGUUGUUCUGUCCAUAUUGUCAUCUGUUUGCUUUCGGAGUCGUCUACCUCCCUGCACAUGUACAUAUAUCUGUUUCCCCUUCUUUUCCAUCGCAUACUAAUUCACUCUUGGAUCUUCAUAUCAUGACACGCCACGAUUUCAACUUGUAUCGUUUUCUCUGUUUUCUGCAUCCCC